AUGGAAGAUCAAGCUAUCAAACAAUCCAACAAUCAUACUACUACAACUUCUAGUGAAAACAGCAGUAUCAGUACUAUUAGUUCUAAUACUACUACAUCUACUGCUACUACUAGCAGUAAAACUGAGAGAAACAACACCACUAGUGGUGAGCCUGUAAGGUCAAGAUGGACGCCGAAGCCGGAACAAAUACUAAUUUUGGAAUCCAUUUUUAAUAGCGGUAUGGUAAACCCUCCCAAGGAAGAAACCGUCCGAAUUCGGAAGCUUCUGGAAAAGUUUGGUGCAGUAGGUGAUGCUAAUGUUUUUUAUUGGUUUCAAAACCGCCGCUCUCGUUCACGCCGCCGCCAACGCCAACUUCAAGCCUCACUCGCCGCCUCUGUCACCCCCGUUGGAGGUCAGACACCACCACCGCCUCCGGUUUCUAUGAACCCGGGUUUGCUAGGUGGUGGUAGUUCUAGUAGCUUGUACGAUUUCGGGCAUCACAAUCAUCAUCACCACCACCAGAAUAGUAUUAUUAGUACAUGCACAACACCGGCUUCUUCGAGUGUUACAUGUUUUUCACCAUCAAAUACUAGUACAUCUUCUACCAAUUUUGGUGAUUGUGGUGGUGUUGUUGAUGAUAUUUUUGGUAACUAUUCUGGGCAAAUGGGAUUAAUUAAUUCUAAUCAUCAUUUGGACUGCCCUUCUUCUUCUCCGAAUCUAGAGUUUCAAUCAGGGAUUAUAACAGUGUUUCUAAAUGGAGUAGCAACACAAGUACCGGACGGGGCGUUAGACAUGAAAGCAAUGUUUGGAGAAGAAGUGAUAUUGGUGCAUUCUUCUGGUGUGCCUGUUCCAUUCAAUGAGUAUGCAAUUUCUCUUCAAAGCUUACAACAUGGAGAGAGUUACUUCCUAGUAUGUGCUUCUUCUUUGCUGUUGUUUUGUUAUUGUCGUAAUGCAUGUGUUAUGAGAAACUUCCUUUCUUAA